AUGACUCGAAAGAAGAAGGACGCGUCGAGUUCGGUGGGGCAGGAUGCUGGUAACGAUGGCGCGACUGACGGCCGCGUAGCAAACAAUGCGCAGCCCAAGUCCGCGACGCUCGCUGCAGCUGAGCCUCAGGCACCGCCAACGCUGGUCAUCUGCCGUAACAAACACUGGCGGUACAUCUCGUCCUACCACGGUCCCUGGCUGAAUCUUCCACCCGAAGUGCUCGAGAGUCUCGCAUACAGCAACUACUAUUCUCCACGACCACAGCCCAUUGAUCCGGCGGUCUUCUUCGAUCUAGUCAAGAUUCGCAGACUCAUCGACGAUGCUACAAGCCUUGCCGUGCGCGCUGUCAAUGGCACCACCUCUUCCGCGCUCAGCAACUCGCUAAGCGCAACUAAUGGCAUAUUAAGCGGCUCUGACGCAGAAAUACUUGGUAUAGGGUCCUCGAGAGGAGGCGGCAAUGCAAAACUAAGUCGGGAGCGGAAACACCGCAUGCGCGAGCAUGCCACACAGAAGCUGUCGCAUGCCUACCGUCUGGAUGAGAUCGCAGCAAGUGUCUCAACGAUGCAGUCUGCCUCUGCCCUCGAGGACGUCGCCAAAAUCGUUCUACAACGCGAGGAGGCCGAUCCCGACGCGCAGUACGUGCACUUCUUCCACGAGAAGAUCCCAUCUCGCGCGCUGGCCGCGUCUACUACCCUUGACACGCUCAACAGCAUUAUCAGGCAAAUGCCGACCGAGGCCUCUACGUAUAGGACCAGGGCGGUCACGCGCAUUUUCAAGGAUGACUUCCCUGGGGCCAUCAAGGACCUUACUGAUGGGCUUGCGGUCUUCAGGCUCUACCAUCCCCAACACCAGAACCAGCAACCCGAUAUCAUCCUCGCCAAAGAUGCAGCCAAGAUUUCGAGGGACUAUGGCAGGGAAGCCAAGGUGAGCGAGAAGGACCAGCCUAGUAGCUUGGAGCCUCAAUUUCUGUUUCAUCGAGGCAACACCUACCUAGCGAUGGCAUGCGAGUACAUCGCGGCGGCACUAAGGGGCCAACCUCCGCGGGAUGCUUCUUCCAAGCCCGCUGAUGACGAUGCAGCCGAAAAGCCCAAGCUUGACCCCCAGGAAAGGGAGGAAGCGAGAGCUCGUGCAGAGGCUCGCAAGUAUGUUCGAACCUAUGCCAAACGAGCUCUGCGGGACUACCUCGCCUUCCUGUCUCACUUCGACUAUACUCCUGGCUUGUCUGCAGAGUAUACCGAAGCAUUUCUGCAACGGGUGAGUGCGGCCUCGAAUGCGAGCGGCAACCGAUCAAGAGCUGAGCGCCUACUGGACAUUGAUGCGCACUCGCAAUCUGGAGCUUCCGAUGCGUUGGUCCGGUACGAAGGGCAGCAGCAGCAAUCUAAUGGUUCUCUACCCGAGAUACCCAAGCCCAGGAUCCAUAAGCUGAACAGUCUAUUUGCUGCAGUUGCGCCUGCGGAUCUGCCACCGUACCCAGCAGACUCGGAGAAUCCUGCACAAAAGCCACAUCCCAUCUUCAAUCUGCCAGACUUCUCGGAAGCUGUCACAUAUCACCCGCUUCUCACGGACGUUCUCCAUUCUUUGCUGCUCUGUCAUUGCUUGAUACAGACUUCAGCCAAGGAGCACCUUCGACACGCCUACAUGGCCGCACGCAUCGCUCGGGUCUGCGACGGCUACCCGAUCUUCCUCGCUGCUCGCUCCCCAUCCCGUGCCGAUUGGAUAGAGAUCAUUCGCCGCUCGGGCAACUUUCUCAAUCUUGAAAGCACUUGGGAGAAGCUAUGUGCUCCAGCGCCACUCCCUGGUCAGCAAAACAAACAGAAGGCGGAAACGCCAGAGCAGAAGAAGGAGCGGAUCAAGCGGCAAGCCAUAGAAGGAGCUCUUGGCGACGAGAGAGUCGUUGACGAGGACUCGUUCCGCAAAAGUGUCAGAGCGCGGGAGAUGAUGGCCGCUCGCGAGGAGGAAGAACUCCAGCGCCAGGAGUACAAUAGAACCACAUCCGUCAGUCCGCCACCCGUGAAGACGGGAGCGGACACCAAUGGCAGCCACGCUGCCAAAGAGCAUGCUCCCAAGCGGUGGGCACAAGGCGAGGACGGCAAAGAGUAUCCGAUCACGACCGAGCGAGCCGAGGCGAUCGUGCGGUGGGUGCGGGAAGCGCCUCCUCCCAGCUCGGGUGUUGGCGAGGGCGGUGGCAAGAAGAAAGGCAAGGCUGGAUCAAAAGGCCGAAUCAAGAAGACAGCCAGUCAAGCAACGAGCCUCAAUGGUGGUGAUGCAGCGACUGGUUUGGAACGCAGCGUUGAGAGCUUGGAUGUAGAGUGA